AUGUUGCUCCCGAUCGCCCGAAGCCGCAUUGCGGCGCUGUCUUCCACCUGGGCUCCCCGCGUCGCUUCCCAGUCCUGGGCCGCCGCCGCCGCCUACUCGACGACCGUCCCUCGCUUCUCGGAAAACACCAUUCCAGCCAACGACCCGACCCCGCGGAAGCCCAAGCCCAAUGUUUCCGAGACCAAUGCUACACCGGUUGACUCGAUGGGAGAGUGGGAUGUUGCGCUGCAGGAAUCUACGGAUGUUGCAGAGCGUGUGAGGACAAUGCAGGCUCCCAACCGGGCUACCACUUGGGCCCCGAGCCAGAGGCCUAGAGCGGAAGCGAUGAGUGGGCCGCGAUUCGAGCAGACUAUAAUGCAUCUUCAGCCCACACCCAUGGCCGCAAUCGAGCUCAUCCACAAACAGCCCGUCCGCUGGACAAAGAAGCGCAUUGUCAGCUGUGACGGAGGUGGCGGCCCUCUCGGCCACCCCAGAGUCUUUAUCAACACCGACAAGCCCGAGAUCGUGCCCUGCGGCUACUGCGGCCUUCCCUUCGCCCACGAGAGCAACCGUGCGUACCUCCAAUCCCUGCCCGAGACCAGCUACCCCCUUGAGUCUACCGGUGAUCCCGCCGAGGUGAACGAGACCCAGCGUGUGACGGAGGGCGGAUAUGAGCAGCGGUAA